AGCGGAUCCUGCUCUGUAGGCAGGGAACCCCUUAAGCUCGCUUCGUGGACCAUUCCUCCGUUCCUCCACAUUCAGACAAGGUGUGAGCAGCGCUUGCAGCCAGACGGACCAGAGUUGGUUGCUGAGGAUAGGCACCGAAGCGCACGACUCACGCACCCAUCCACAGCGCAACUCUCAACACCAAUGGAUAUUUACGUGCUCCUGUUGUCGUUUUUCUUUUUCACCAAACCAGGUUUUGGUUUAGGAUUAGAUCAGGAUUACCAGAUCGAUAUCAUCAGUGAACUUGACCUGGCAAAUGCCACCUACGGAAUUACCCAAGUGGCAGGUCUUCACAACGGCAGCAAAGCAUUCCUAUUCCGAGAUGUUGGGAGAGCCGUCCACGCCCCGCCGCAUAUCACAGAAAAAGUGGUGCAACUGUUUAGGCGUAAAAGUGAGUUUACCUUCUUGGCCACCAUCCAGCAGAAGUCCUCCACGUCAGGAGUCAUCUUCUCCAUCCACGAGUCAGAUCACAGUUACUUUGAGCUGGAAAGUAGCGGGAUGAGAGAGGAGAUACGCUACCACUACCGUUUCAAAGGCAAGCUGCGAUCCGAAUCCUUCCCGUACCGCCUUGCUGAUGGCCAGUGGCACAAGAUCGCCCUCACCAUCAGCACCUCCCACCUACUGCUGCACGUCGACUGUAACAGGAUUUAUGAGCGGGUGAUAGACCCUCCUCAGAUGGAGCUCACCUUAGGCAGUGGAGUGUGGCUAGGGCAACACAGCCACAAGCAUGGUCUGUUCAAGGGCAUAAUUCAAGACGUGAAGCUGAUCUUCGCUCCCAACGGCUACAUCACACAGUGUCCUAAUCUAAACCGCACCUGUCCAACCUGCAGCGAUUUCCUGAGCCUGGUGCAAGGCAUCAUGGAUCUGCAAGAACUCCUUGCCAAGAUGACCCUAAAGUUAAACUACGCAGAGUCCAGGCUGACCCAACUGGAGGGGUGUCACUGUGAGAGGACCUGCAGCGCCAAUGGGCUCUUAUACCGAGACAAAGAGUUGUGGGUGGAGCAUGAAAACUGCAGGAACUGUGCAUGCAAGAAUGGCGUGGUGGAGUGUCGCAGGAUCUUCUGUCCACCAGCAAACUGUUCCGAAGACACUCUGCCUGUACACGUUGAUGGGACUUGCUGCAAAACUUGCAGACCUAAAUGCACCUAUAUGGGACAGACGUUUUCUGAGGGCCAGCGCUUUCUAUCCAGAAGCUGCAGGGAAUGCAAGAAUGGCCUGAUGGUGAAAGUAACAGAAAAAUGUCCAGAGAUAAACUGCAGUCUCACUGAGCAGAUCUUACCAGAGGGCAGAUGCUGCAACGUUUGCAGAGGUUACGACUUCUGCGCAGAGGGACUCAUUUGUGGAGAAAACUCAGAGUGUAAAAACAGGAAUACUAAAGCAGAGUGUGAAUGCAAGAGUGGCUAUGCCUCCAUCCACGGGGACUCCACUUACUGUGAAGAUAUUGAUGAGUGUGCAACGCAGAUGCAUUACUGCCAGUCCAAUACUGUGUGUGUGAACCUUCCCGGCAGCUAUCGGUGUGACUGUCUACCAGGUUUCAUCAGAGUGGACGAAUACUCCUGCACCGAGCACGACGAGUGUGCCAGCGGCCAAAAUUUGUGUGAUGAAAACGCCAUCUGCACCAACACCAUCAGAGGACACCUGUGUACCUGCAAGCCAGGCUAUGUGGGCAAUGGUACCAUCUGCAGGGCCUACUGUGAGGAAGGGUGUCGAAGUGGAGGGACCUGCGUGUCUCCAAACACAUGCGUCUGUCCCUCAGGAUUUACUGGACGGCGCUGUGAAACAGAUAUUGAUGAGUGUGCGGAGGGCCUGAUUGAGUGCCACAACCACUCCCGCUGUGUCAACCUGCCUGGCUGGUACCACUGUGAAUGCAGAAGUGGUUUCCAUGACAAUGGCUCCUACCAGCUUGAUGGAAGCUCCUGUGUUGACGUUGAUGAGUGCAGUUUGCAGACACACACCUGCUGGAAUGACAGCGUGUGUGUGAAUCUCCUCGGAGGAUAUGAUUGCAUGUGCACAUCUGGUCCAGGCUGCAGCAGCAACUGCCCGCAGGAAGAAGUAGUAAGACGCAAUGGAGAAGACUGGAAACCCAGCUUUGACCGCUGUGCUAUAUGCUCCUGCAAGGAUGGACAGACAUACUGCAGGAGAAGACCCUGUGACUGCAAAGACGCCAGUGAGGACCUGUUCUGCUGUCCUAGCUGUGACAACAGGCCCAGCAGUCAGUGUCUGGACCAGAGUGGACGUACACUUUACCACAGUGGAGCGACUUGGCUGUACGGCUGCCAGCAGUGCCGCUGCAUGGAGGGGGAGGUGGACUGCUGGCCUCUAGUCUGUCCCACAUUGACGUGCGAGUACACGGCAGUUGCAGAGGGUGAGUGUUGCCCGCGCUGCAUCUCAGACCCCUGCCUGGCCGACAACCUGUCCUAUGACAUUCGGCAGACGUGCAAAGACCCCACAGGUGUCACUCGCCUCAGUGGGGACACAUGGCACAUGCCCAAGUCUCCCUGCACCACCUGCAAGUGUAAGAACGGGAACGUUUGCUGCUCAGUGGAUCUUGACUGCCUUCAGAACAACUAAAACUUCUCUCCUCCCUUCACAACGGGACAGUCACAGUCCCUCCACCGUCAGACAAAUUUUCCUCCUGGAUCCAUAAGACCAACUCUCUCACACACACACACACACACACACACACACACACACACACGCGCACACACACACACACACACACACACACACACACACACACGUGCAUGGCAGUGUGUGCACAGAAAACACGCAACGGACAGACUUGGGUGUUGAAGCUGUGCUUUUUAUGCCAUAACUCAAAUGAUGAACGUUGAGAAAGUGUGUGAGUGUUUUUGUGACUCAGAAGGAGGCUGAGAUCACCGUUACUCUCGCCACAGUCACUGUGUGUUGUGUACGUGUUUGAUUUUAGUUCACUUAAAGUCUUGAGGUUAGGGUUAACCCUUUGUAGUGUCUCUGAGCAGAAAGCAAACAGCUGAUCACAUGUCGAGGUGCUUUAUUCGUCUGAAAAUAGGCUCACAGCUGCUUGGUUAUCUAACGAAACAGUUACAGCAGUGGGAACAAAACAGAAUGCCAUCACAUCAAAUGAUUUUUUAUUGAAUUAAACUGGAAUGUAAAGAUUGUUACCUUCAUUUUCCAGUCCAGCACUGACCUCUCCCGUUAGUGGCAUCAUACAUAUUUUAGGGACCUUUUCUUUACCCUUUUCACAGCUGCAGUACCUUGCAUUGGGGUUUUCUUCACGUGGUUUUAAUAUAUCAACAUUGAAUAUGCCUUCAGUGUGGUUAUCAAAAGCAACUUUGGACAAUAUUUUUGCCGUCUUUUGUUUUUAGCUGCUGCUGACGGUAAUCGUUAAAGCUGAGGCUUCUGUUUUCGGUAUUUCAUCCAAAUAUUCUACAUCCUGUAAAGUCAACAUGUUCACGAAUAGCACAGCUCCUCUUUAGCACCAGAAAAUGUAUACAUUUAUAAACCUGAAUCCUGAGAAUACAAACGUUUACAUCUUUAAAUGUAGGUUUUAUGCAGGAAAAGCUGUGCCGACACAAACCCUGAACCCUAAAGGAAUGACAUUCUUCACAGUGUUCAGGCUCUUAACCGGGGAUCACCUCUCCCUGUCCAUUAUCACUUCUGUCUCCAACAAUGUCCCUCAGCGUCACUCUCUCUGCUGUGAAUACGACCACAAGAUGCUUAACAACUACAGUCACAUUAUCAGAAAGCAAUGCACAAGCGGUUCUCGCAGGUCAGAACAAGCACCGGCCCAAGCUGUUGAUCAAAUCCACCCAGCUGGUGAUGGCCUGGACUUCUCCCUCAUCUCCCGGGGCUCUUCUGCUCAGCACCAUAUGGAAUACAGAAUGGCACAGGGACAGAAAUAGAAAAACAAAAUGGAAAAAAGGCAAAGACAUGGGAUAAUUAAAGCCAUGCCACACAGUCGUGGAUUUGAGUAUGCCAGGAGGUCACUGAGUGUUGAGUCUGUUUACAGACAGCCAGGCUUAAUAAGGCAGGACAGCCGGGUGCUUCUCCUGCUACAGUUCACGACUCUGACACUGUUCUGCUCUCCUGCUUCAUUUCUCUACUCCACACCUCGCUCUGGUUGUCUUAAAAGUGUAAAUGUUCUCUCCUGAGUGUCACUGUUGUUGCACUGUGUCAGUUUCCCCCUCCCACAUAAAAAGCCAGACAAAAUGUGGAAUAAUGUCUGACAUUUUCUUGUUACAUGCACUGAACAGUAUGUGUUGUUGUGUUCCUGAAACAAUGACAUGGUGGCAGCAGAAUUUUCAUAAGUCAUAUUUAAAGGUGCAAUUUGUAAGAAUGACAUCCUGUGGUCAAAUGUGGUUACUGAAGUCCAUUUUUUAAGCAAAAACUUAAUCCUGUUCUGUGGAUUUCAUGGCUGCUGUCAGUACAGAUCAACGCCAGAAGAUCCUAGAUGACAAGUAAAGACAAGUCAUACACCGUAAUUUGAUAAGUAGAUGAAUAGUUUGUCAUAUCUGGUGUUAAUUCUCUUGGGUGUUUUAUGGUAUGGAGCAUUUAGGGCACUUAUUAUGGUAGUCUAUCUCUGGCAUUACAGGAAGUGUUGCUUGCUGCUGUUGUAGUUCUAAACAACCCAUUAAAGGAAGUAAAACGCCACGAUCGACUCAUUGUUCACUUCACACGUUCAUUUCACUGUAAUAUCAAGUUGUUGUUGUUGGUCUAAUUCAUUCUAGUCUGCUUCACCUGACAUUAGAGUAAAACAAAAACAUUGCAGUGGCUUCUUAGGGGGUACAAGAAACAACUUCUGGGUCGCUCCUGCUGACUGGCUUAGACUCUUUAAACAUCUCUGGACAUUUUUGCCUGCUGGUGUGUAAUUACAAGUGCCGGUGAUGCUGCAUUCGCUCGCUGCAGAUUUGGCAACCUCACAAAUACACAGUAACCACAUUCUGCUCUCGUUUUUAUUUUUUAAAGGAUAAAAACUGACAUCUUCAUGUCCAAAGUCAAAGAACCUCGUUUAAUAUAGAAAAACUGACAACCCCCCUGUGGGCUCAGAAUAAAAUCUGCUACAAGGUAACACUCCUUCCAACAUAAUUGAGAGAUUUGACUGUUUGCUGUUAUUCCAUCCAUCCAUCCAUUUCAUCCGCUUAUCCGGAGUCGGGUCGAGGGGGCAGUAGCCUAAGGCGAGAGGCCCAGACUUCCCUCUCCUCAGCCACUUGGGCCAGCUCCUCCAGGGGAAUCCCAAGGCGUUCCCUGGCCAGGUGAGAGACAUAGUCCCUCCACCGUGUCCUGGGUCUACCUUUUGGUCUCCUCCCGGUUGGACGUGCCUGGAAAACCUCACCAGGGAGGCGUCCAGGAGGCAUCCUGACCAGAUGCCUGAGCCACCUCAACUGGCUCCUCUCGAUGUGGAGGAGCAGCGGGUCUACUCCGAGCCCCUCCCGAAUGACCGAGCUUCUCACCCUAUCUCUCAGGGAGAGCCCAGCCACUCUUCGGAGAAAACUCAUUUCGGCCGCUUGCAUCCAUGAUCUCGUUCUUUCGGUCACUACCCAAAACUCAUGACCAUAGGUGAGGGUAAGAACGUAGAUCGACUGGUAAAUCGAGAGCUUCGCCAUCUGACUCAGCUCUCUGUUCACCACGACAGACCGGUACAACGCCCACAUCACUGCAGACGUGGCACCAAUCCGCCUAUCGAUCUCACGCUCCAGUUUUCCCUCACUCGUGAACAAGACCCCGAGAUACUUAAACUCCUCCACUUGGGGCAGGACCUCAUCCCUGACCUGGAGAAGCCAUUCUUCCCUUUUCCUAAUCAAGACCAUGGUCUCAGAUUUUGAGGAGCUGAUCCUCAUCCCAGCUGCUUCACACUCGGCUGCGAACCGCUCCAGCGAAAGUUGAAGAUCACGUUCUGAUGAAGCCAACAGGACCACAUCAUCUGCAAAAAGCAGAGACCUGAUCCUCAGGCCACCAAAACGGAUGCCCUCCACACCUUGGCUGUGCCCACAAAUCCUGUCCAUAAAGGUUAUGAACAGAAUCAGUGACAAAGGGCAGCCUUGGCGGAGUCCAACUGUCACUGGGAACGAACCCGACUUACUGCCGGCAAUGCGGACUGAGCUCUGACACCGGUCAUACAGGGACCUAACAGCCCGUAUCAUAGGGCCUGGUACCCCAUACUCCCAGAGUACCCCCCACAGGGUCCCCCGAGGGAUGCGGUCAAACGCCUUCUCCAAAUCCACAUAACACAUGUAGUUGGCUGGGCAAAUUCCCACGCACCCUCCAGGAUACCCCUAAGGGUAUAGAGCUGGUCCAGUGUUCCACGGCCAGGACGAAAACCACAUUGCUCCUCCAGAAUCUGUUUCAACAAUCUGUUAUUUUACUGUAAAAUUCUCACAUAUUGCACCUUUAAUUUAAUAUAAAAAACUGAUACCCUAGUUAAGUUAAACCAUUCUAUUAAUCAAGUUGUGUGUGUGUUUUUUUAGCUCGUUCCAACUCAACAUUUUCUUGCUUUUAUAGCGACAGGUUUUAUUCUGCUUUAGAGGAAAAAUUGUGAUGGUGCAGAACAAAGCAAAGAUAAUUUCCUCAAGAUAAUUCUCAAAGAAAAUUACACAAAACAUAAAAUCUUUUACCACAGUUGAGAAAAAGUAUCUGGAUCUAAUUAGUCACUAUUCCAAAUAUACAACAUCUACAAAAAGCUUCUUGUUUAAGCAAAAAUGAAGAUAUUUUUAUUGAAGAUGUUGUUUAGGCACCUGAAUCAGCAGCAUCCAGUGAGUGUACGAAAGCAACCUGAACUCAGGUGCAACUGCUCAGUGUGUACGUCAGUGUGAAGGGUCACGGUUUGUUAUGGGUAUUGUACAACAAGACGUUUCUUCUUUAAAAUUAAAAUAACAGUGUCAAGCAGAUCGUGGGUCUGACCUUAAAUAUGAUAAAAAAAAUUUAUGUGUCUGGUGUUAAAAGUCUUUACCAAAAAACGUAGACAACUGCUUGUGAGUCCUACCUCCCAUCUCUGCUGUGGCUACGAGCAGAUUGAAUGUAAAUAAACGUGUAGAUGGAAGGAAUGCUCAGCUGAGACUUGUGAAUAGAUCAUGUACUUCAUAUGUCUGCUAACUAUGGACAGAGUUAAGACAAAACAAAAACAUGUACCAUUACACCCCUGAUCUGAACAUUAAAACACACAUAAUCACACGUUAGGUGAUUUUAGUCCAUGCUGGAGGAAUUCUACUAGAGCUGGGAAGUAAAACAAAAAUUUUACUUUACCGGCAUCAAUUUUACCAGCAUAGGUUGCUGAUGUGACAGACCUGUGGAGUCUGCAUCACGGCUAGUCAUGUAGAAUCACCUGACUCGACCCCAUUCAGUCCGUAUGUGACAAAAAGGGGGAAUAAAACAGGAAAUGGAGGAAGAUUCAAAUGUUUAAGCAUCAGACUGCCAGAAGCUCGUCUCUCUUAGUCACUCGCUACUCGUGGGCUGUAUGGCUGCUUGUCGUUCAUGGCUUAGCUUCCUGCCACUUGCGGUAGCUCUCUGCUUAGUGCCCGAGCCAUGGUGCUCUGCAGUUAAUGGCGGGCAGCCAUGACAGAUGAUCAGCGGGCUACAAGCGGCAGUGGUAGAUUUGUUUGAAGAGAAUCUUGUUCCAAAAAAUUGCUUCAUCAAUCAUUUGGUAACAUCAUGGAUUCAGCACAGGUGAUGUGAUGAAAACAAAAGUCCAGAAAGACUAGCAACAAGUCAAGGUAACGCAUCCUCCUCCACCUUUAGUACAACCACUCUUUCUAGAGAACCCGACUGGCUGACAAAUGAAAUUGGACAAUGUACACAUGAUGCAGCUCGUGGUAAUGUCAAGAUUUAGGAUAUGAGACUAUCAGAAUUAUUUUGUGUCUGCAGGAAUUUAUUUUUGUUGUUUUACUUUUCUACUUGUUGAGUUUCUUGGUUUUUCAAUCUUAACAACUAAAAGUAGUUAGUACUCAGAUGGAAGUUUUUAAAGUAGUAAGUAAAAGUAAUUGCGUUUAACUGAUCUAAUAAUACCAUCAAUAAAAGUGGCUGGCUGCUGCAGCCCUAUCUACUGGACAGCUUUUGUUUUUUCACAUACAUGUAGUUAUUGUCCAUUCAUUGUUAUCGAGCUGACCUCAAAAUACCGUGAUUUUGAUUUUAGGCCAUAUCGCCCAGCCCUAAUUUCUACUACUGUGCAUCAUAUUUGUUCUGCACUUUCAUGAUGAAAUGUAACGGCUACAGCUCUCUCUCUCUCUCUCUCUCUCUCUCUCUCUCUCUCUCUCUCUCUCUCUCUCUCUCUCUCUCUCUAAGCUAGGAUCUCAUAUGGCUUUGGCUAUUGGUGAUGAGUUUAGACAACUGCCACUAAACUGGAACUGACAGUUUUCUUGUGGCUUUUAAGUCAAACAUCUGAAUUUGUUGACGGUUUUUCUCACCAUUUGGUUGCCAACCCUUCCUCUAUAUGAAAUUUCUUGCAGUUUCCACCUCAAACAAUAAAGAAUUCCAGGUCAGUCCAGGAUGCCAGCAGUGACUCAGACUAUUUGAAGAAGAAAAAUAUAAUCUUUUCAAGGUGUUCAGCUUUCCUGCAAUACAAGUGUGAUGCCUUUCAACUCAGUCCAGUCAUUAGAGCACCAGCACAGAUGUGCUCCUUUGUGAGUGCCAUUUACAAUUUGUCACCAGUGGUCACAGCCCAAUGAAAUACUGGCCCCAAUUCAGACAUAAACAACAUAAAAUGUGUGUUUCGCUUCAUAGUUUUGCAGAAGAAACACUUUUUGGGUUUAAUUCUUUAACUAACACGAUUGAAGCCUGCAGAAUGUUGUUUCCAUCACCACCACCUUUCUCUUGGCUCAUAUUUCAUUAUGUUUUAACACUUUUUUAUGCAUAUCACACACAAAAACAACAAAAAGCAAUUGAAAGUAAAUAUUUGUACAAAAGUUAAUGUGAACUGAAGGUUUUGAAGUUGCUCUGUUGAUCAAUUUGAUAUAAAAUGUGACUACUGCACAACACUACUUGCAAGUGUGUGUGUAAAUGUUUUACAUACUGACAAUAUGAAGAAAUUAUACAGUUUUUUUAAAUAAGCCUUGUGUUUAUGGAUAAUGUUUUAAUUUUAGUGGAUUACUUUUCUUUCUGUGUAUAAGUUCAAUAUUGCUGUAAAUAUUGUGUAAAUGGAAGGGAACUGUAAAGAAAAUAAGAUAAUGUGAAUAAUUCUCACUAGCACAGCUUCUUAGGAUCUGAGUGUCAUAAAUCGAAUAAGAAAGAAGCAACAUUUCUAUUAUUUUUACUGUUUCUUUAUUUUUGUAUUCUUGCCUUAACCCUUUUAGUAUCUACCAUGGUUUAUUUUCAAUGUUUUAAGAAUUUAUUUAUGUGUGUAUCUCUGAUUAUGGUCACUUGUUAAAGUUUAACACAAAAAUAAUUUGAAAAUGAGGAAAAUUCUGUUUCUGACGUCUGUGCCAAGUUUGCUAGCUACGUUGCAUUAACAUAGCUUUUAUUAAAAAUUCCCAACGUGUUUACGUGAUCUGAACCGAAACAUGACAUCACAAACACAUGUAAAGAAAAACUGCUGUAGAAAAAGAAAUGUUUUUAUUAUCAUUGUUUCAGUUCCUGUUUAAAAAUGUUCCUGAAUUUUUUUGAAAAGCAAAAGAAAACAAUCAUCGUUUCAGAUCUCCCACCUUCUUCUGAUGUGCUGUUUUUUCUGUAAGGAUCACGACAAAGAUCUACUCAUUUUCCAAAUUAGAGUGGCCAGUGUACUUUCACUCAAAAGGGUUUCGUGUCAUUUGAAGACUGUGUCGUGAUAAGACUUUGCUGUGAAAAAAUUCUUCAGUUAAUAAAUAUUUCAGUUGUUUAUCACUU